AAUAGCCUGAAGAAAUUCAAAUUCAAAUAACUAUCACUAUAUAAGAAUCACUGUAAUCAAAUACAGUCUGCAAAUUUCUCUAAAAUUAAGCAUUGUACAUGAAAAGACACUAACAGAUGUAGUAUUUACCUGACUGCAUUCUCAUAUCUCUAUAUUAUCAUUUUAAGAGGCCGUGAGAAGAUCAAUCAUGCCACCACCAAAGGAUGCAGAGAUCGAGCAGGUUGCAAAGGUUUGGCUUUGGAAUGCACGGGACCGUUCAGGUGGACGGUUUAAUUUACAGGUAGCACAGUUCGCAAAAAUAUAUAUUGGAACUGAACAAGGAAAAUAAAUAUUAGGCUAAUGACUUCUAACAGGACCACUGCAGCUCAUAGCUUCAAAAUCACUGUCAUAGGAACUAGUUAGUCUAAACUUAGGUGGACCAUCCCUACAACAGCUUGUGGACACAACUCCACACACAUUUAAAUUCUAACAUCAGCCAAAUGUUUUUAGACUCAGGUUAACAGAUGGAAAAUAAGUUUACAAAGGAUAGAGGAAAUGCACUGACUGCAUCAUACUCAUCACAGAUUUGGAGGAACUGAACUCUUACUUAAUAACUAAAAUAAAAAGGGGGUGUUUUAUGCUCCUUGUGUGUUCGCCCUCAAAUUACAGCACUAAUCAGACUAAAUAUUCUGAACAAUGCUUUAAGCAUUUCUGAGUAUGUGUAAAGUUGAGGAUUGUUUGUCUACAGAUUAACAUUAAGAAUUUUGGCACAUAACAAACUAUUUUAAAAUAAAUAAAACUAAGAUUAAUCUGAAGUGCACAAAUAAGUUUUAGAUGUGCUUCAACUGAAGAACUGGGUGAUCCCUGAUGGAUAUAAACUGAUAGAGAGUUACAAAUCUUUGGUGCAUAAAUACAGAAUGCAACGCUAAAUGUUCUCAACAAAUGAGCUGGAAUUGUCGAUCUGUCAGGAGUCCCGAUAUAUACUUAUACUGAUAUAUACACUUUUUACACUAAAUGAAUAUUAAAAUCCAAUCUAAAUAAUCUUCUCUCUUUUUUAUGUGUGUGAGUUAGAACUGUAGCUGCAGCAUUUUGACCAAGAUGUAAUUUGUAAAUUGUAGAGAAUAAUAAUUGUAAUCCAGAGAAUAAUGCAUUACAAUAGUCUAAUCAAAACAAAGGUGUAGAUAAGCUUCUCAGCAUCUAGUGUAAGAAAAUGUCUAAUUAAUGUAUAAAAAAUAUAUACAUUAUUAUGGUUGAAGAUUAAAUUAGACAAUGUGAAAGUUUAAAAGAAAAUAAGAAGGCAUUUGAUAAAUAAAUGUUGAGACUAUGUAUUCUAUAGUCUAGAGCAAAAACAGUGACAAUGUUGAAAAACAUUGACUUGAUUUUAACACUUUUAUAACUUUAUGUUGUAAUUCUGAAAAAAAAGAGAAAGUUAAUGUAGUAAACAUUUUGUUUAUGAAUCUUCUCAGAUCCAUGGUGGGCAUAACGAGGCAGGGAGAGUCCGGCGUGGGGACUGGUGUGCAAUAGGCCCCAGCAUGUCCACAGCUGAGAUGAAGAAACACUUGUUCUCAUACUCUGUAUGCGGACACUUGUCAUUACUCCCGGGGCUUCUUAGGCGUUAUGUAGACCAUCAUGGAAUCUUGGAUGAUUCCAUUUGGUCUAGAAGGGGGGAGUGAAGGGUGUGAUUGGAGAUAACCACACCUUUACACUCUUAUUCUUAAAUGUUUUAUACAUUUAUAUAUACAGUUAUUAUUUUUACUGUUCACUUUAUAAUUCACUUAAAGACCUUAUGAUCUCUGCUCUCUCUUUAACUGUCACUAUGACAAGGCUUUGGAGGUUGUUUUUACUUUUUCAGGAAUCAGGAAGGUCAGAGUGUUUUCAUCAACAGGGAGAGCUGUGAGGAGAACGUGACCCUGAGUGGCAGAGAAGCUUCACUGCUGUUCUGCUGUUCUGGGACCAGUGCAUAUGAACUAGGAGACAACAAGCUCUCUGAGUGAAGUGCUGGGAACCUCUCCUCAGAUAUCCAGCGCAUGCCUGUUCUACACGCCGUAAAGUCGCACACAGGCCAGAAGAUCUUUCCAUCCACUCUUUUCCUCUGUUUCAUCUUCUCACAGACUUUAAGGCACAUAAGGAUUGUUUGGAACACAAGGACUGUCUGCUGUGUUCAUGAAGGACACAGAGCUGAACAACAUCAUGAUAAGAACUUGUUGCUCAGACAGGCUGGAGCUGAUCACGUCAUCAGAACUGGACAACAAGCUGUUAACUGGACUGGAUAAAUGUAUAACUGCUUGGAUUAAGUCUGGAGGGCUCUCUCUCUUUCUCUCUCUCUGGGUUUUGAAUGUGUUGAUCUAUCACGAUUUUAUUAGAACUAAAAUAUUCCACACUGAAAUAAUGUAGUUCACAUUAGCUAACCUACCUAGCUAAAACAUUCCACUCUGAAAUAAAGUAGUUGAUAUUAGCUACUCAAUCUUACUAAACAUUACACACUGAAAUACAGUAUUUAACAUUAGCUAACCUAGCUGGCUUAAUCUUUCCACUCUGAAAUAAAGUAGUUAACGUUAGCUAAUCUAGCUACCUAAAACCUUCCACAUGUAAACAAAGUAGUUAAAAUUACCUAAAUUAGCUAGCUAAAACAUUACUCACUGAAACAAAGUAGUUAAAAUUACCUAAAGUAGCUAGCUGAAACAUUACACACUGAAAUAAAGUAGUUAACAUUAGCUAAUGUAGCUAGCUAAAACAUCCCACACUAAAAUAAAGUAGUUAACAUUAGCUAAUGUAGCUAGCUAAAUCUUUUCACUUUGAAAUAAAGUUAACAUUAGCUAACCUAGCUAGCUAAAACAUCCCACACUGAAAUAAAUUGUUAAAAUUACCUAAAGUAGCUAGCUGAAACAGUACACACUGAAAUAAAGUAAUUAAUAUUAGCUAACCUAGCUAGCUAAAACAUUCCACACUGAAAUAAAGUAGUUAAUAUUAGCUAACCUAGCUAGCUAUAAAGAUUCCACACUGAAAUAAAGUAGUUCAAAUUACCUAAAGUUGCUAGCUGAAACAUUACACACUGAAAUAAAGUAGUUACCAUAAGCCAGGGCCAGAUACGGCCCGCUAAAACUGUCAGUCCGGCCCGCUAAAGUAAGUGCUGAUGCAUUUUAAAUAAAUAAUGCUGUCACUUUAAAUUUAUUGGGAAGUUUGAUGACAUCGCGGAACACUGCCGCCUAGUGUUGACGUUCCGAAACUUAACUCAAUCUCCUGCCCGUAGCCAUCACCAUCCGCUGAAGCGCGCAAUUCUGUCUUUUUUUCCGGCAGCAAAAAACGGGACUACAUAAACAAAAGGUGACUAAAAUAGGAAAAUACGACUUACUUCAGCAGUAUCACGUCUUUGUCCAAACCAAGUACGAGUAAAAAAAGAAAAGUGGAUCUCGAACAUAGGAAAUUUAACCCCGAAUGGACAUCCAAGUACUUUUUUUAUGAAACAAGCAGUGCUGUUUUCUCGUGUCUGGUGUGCUUGGAAUGCGUGGCCGUGGCAAAGGAAUAUAAUUUACGCAGGCAUUACGAAACAAAACACCCAAAACUCGCCGAUCUCCAAGGUGAGGACAGAAAGCAAAAGAUUGAAGCACUAAAAAAGCAACUGGUGAGUCAACAAGGCGUGUUUGAAAAGAGACGAAAGGAGUCCGAAGCCUGUACCAUUGCUAGCUACAGGAUUGCUAACCUCGUAGCAAAAUCUGCUCGCCCGUUUAUUGAUGGAGAAUUUGUUAAAGACUGUAUGUUGGAGGCUUGUGAUGUCAUUUGCCCAGAGGCCAAAGAUGCAUUUAAAAACAUUAGUCUUUCGAGAACAACCAUUCAGCGGCGAAUUGUUGAUUUGUCUAGUAAUUCAUACUGCCAGUUACAAAGCAGGAUAAACGACGUCACUUAUUUUUCUGCUGCUUUGGACGAGAGCACAGACAACACCGACACAGCACAGCUCUCAAUAUUCAUCCGUGGUGUCACUGGCACCUGCCAAGUCUAUCAAGAACUUGCAGCAUUAGUGCCCUUGUAUGGUAGAACAACUGGAUUUGAAAUUUUCAAUGCAUUUAAAACUGCAGUGGAGAACCUGAAUUUACCGUGGAGCAAGCUAUCAGCUGUAACAACCGAUGGUGCCCCCUCCAUGGUUGGUGAGACGAAUGGUUUUAUAGGACAUCUGAAGAGGCAUUUAGGACCAGACCAAGCAGCAGAACUGAAACACUAUCACUGCAUAAUUCACCAAGAGGCACUGUGUGGAAAACAUUUGCAGUUUAAACAGAUAAUGGACUUUGUUGUAUCUGCUGUUAAUUUCAUCCGUGCAAGAUCACUAAACCACCGAGAAUUUCAGUCUUUUCUGGAAGACAUAAGUGCAGCCUACGGGGAUGUUAUCUACCACACAGAGGUGAGAUGGCUCAGUAGGGGCAAUGUUUUGAAAAUAUUUUUUGCACUGCGAAAUGAAAUCAAGCUGUUCCUAGAGCAGAAGGGAAAGGACACGUUGGUCAUGGAAAACACUGACUGGAUUGCUGAUCUAGCCUUUUUGACAGACCUAACUGGACUCUUAAAUGAGCUUAAUUUGAAACUGCAGGGAAAAGACAGAUUGAUUUGCCACUUGUUUGAAGCUGUCUGUGCAUUUGAAAUGAAACUGAAUCUUUUUGCAACCCAGUUAAAGAAAGGAAAUCUGACACAUUUUCCUACAUGCCAAGAGGCCUUUGCUCACAAGAACUAUAACUGGAGUCGACACAGCUGUGUACUUGAAGACUUGAAGCUGGCAUUCAGUGCAAGAUUUGGGCAGUUCAGAAAUGAACAGGCUACUCUCCAACUACUUGCUGAUCCAUUCUCUGUAGAUACUGAAACUGUACCUGGUGAAUUACAACUUGAAAUAAUUGAACUGAAGUGCUCCACUGCAAUGAGAACCAAGCACAGGGAGAUGCCUCUCCUAGAGUUUUAUCAAUCCUUGGACAGGGAACAGUUUCCAAACCUUUUUGCUAAUGCACAGAAGUGGAUCUCCAUGUUUGGAAGCACUUACAUUUGUGAACAGAUGUUUUCCUUGAUGAAGCUGAAUAAAUCUCCCCUGCGGACAAGACUAACUGAUGAGAACCUACAGGCGGUGCUCAGACUUGCAACCACCUCACUGGAGCCUGACAUUAAUCAGCUUGUGUCAGAACGGCGCUGCAAUAUCUCCCAUUGACCAAGACAUUUCUUGUAAGUAGCUGAUAUUAUGCAAUAGUAGCAUAGUAAAACAAUGUAUUCCAAAUUUGUGUGGAGACCCCUGUAAAAAUGUGUGGCCCUCUGGUCUAGGUGUUAAUGUGAAAUAGGCCCUUGGUCAAAAGAAGUUGUGCACCCCUGCCAUAAGCUAACGUAGCUAGCUAAAUUUUUUCACUCUGAAAUAAAGUAGUUAACAUAAGCUAACCUAGCUAGCUAAAACAUUCCACACUGAAAUAAUGUAGUU